AACGACUGAAGGAGGACGGCUGGGAGUCGCAGCCCGGGAUUGUAAAUAAGACCGCUAAAACUGUGUUUUAUUUACAAAAGUAAUGCCGGCUGUUUAAGAGACCGUUCCCAGUUGUUUUUAAUCGGUUUUUUAAAGUUUUUUUGGCUCUAUUUCUCGCCUAUUUCCGUGUGUUUUUUACACGUAUAAUGGCGAGCUCGGCUAACUCGAACCCAGUGCCUAAACUCUACAAGUCGGUGAUCGAGGAUGUGAUCAACGACGUGCGGGAGCUGUUCCUGGAUGAGGGGGUGGACGAGCAGGUGCUGCUGGAGCUGAAGACGCUGUGGGAAAACAAGCUGUUGCAGUCCAAGGCCGUGGAGGGCUUCCACACGGAGGAGCAGGCCGCCCUGCAGGCCGCCCAGCAGCAGGUCCAGCAUCAGGUCCAGCAUCAUGUCCAGCAUCAGGUCCAUCAGGUCCAGCAGAUCCAACAGGUCCACCAUAUGACUCAGCCGGCUCAGGCCCAGCAAGUCAUUCUGCCGCCUCAGCAGCAGCAAGGCCGGUCGGCCCUGGCUCACGGCACUGCUCCCCAGCAGCAAGUUAUUGUUCAAGACUCAAAGAUUCUUCAGCACAUGAGCGCCACAGGGAUGAGUGCAGCAGCGACAGCAGCAACCCUGGCUCUGCCCACAGGGGUCACCCCAUACCAGCAGCUCAUCACCAGCCAAGGUCAGAUCCUGCAGGUGGUCCGUGCUCCCAACGGGGCGCAGUACAUCAUCCAGCCCCAGCAGCAGAUCCUCCUGCAGCAGCAGAUGCAGCCCGGCGGCGUGCAGGCGCCGGUCAUACAGCAGGUCCUGGCUCCUCUGCAGGGAGGCCUGCCCCAGCAGACCGGCGUCAUCAUCCAGCCGCAGCAGAUCGUCUUAGCUUCGGGAAACAAAGUCCAGGGCAACACGCAGGUGAUGCAGGCGGCAGGUCUGGCGCAGCAGCCCAUUCAGGCAGCAACGGCUCAGAUCCAGCAGGCCCAGCUGGUCCAGCAGGUCCAACAGAUCCAGCAGGUCCAGCAGGUCCAGCAGAUCCAGCAGGUCCAACAGAUCCAGGGCGCAGCUGCACCACAGGUCCCACCGCAGCCGCAGGCCCAGCCGCAGGCCCCCAUGAUCCUUCAGGCGGACGGCGCCGGAGACACCUCCUCAGAGGACGACGAGGACGAGGAGGAGUAUGAUGAAGAUGAAGAGGAGGAGAAGGACAAGGGCGGGGGCGAGGACGGCCAGGUGGACGAGGAGCCCCUGAACAGCAGCGAUGACGUCAGCGACGAGGAGGACCAGGAGCUGUUCGACACGGAGAACGUGGUGGUGUGCCAGUACGACAAGGUGAGGAGGGCGGCCGGUGUAACACGUCUGUUUGUUUACCGUCGGUCCGUUACCCGUCUCAGGCGCCGUCACACCGGACGAGGCUUUUAAAAGAGCAGCCGCUCCAAAAACGCGCCGGGCAAAACAGCGCCGUGCGGCGAACACCACCGUCUAUUCCGCUAAUUGUGUCUCGAUGGCGAGCGCUUUG